AUGAAUAUCUAUCUACCUACUCAAUAUAUUUUAAUUACUUUCUUCUUCUUCUUCUUCUUCUUCUUCUUCUUCUUCUUUGUCUUCCUCUUCUUUUCCUUCUUUUUCUUCGUCUUCUUGCUCUUCUUCUUUCUUCUUCUUCGUCCUCUUCUUUUUCUUUCUUUCUCUUCCUCUUCUUUUUCUUCUUGCUCUUCUUUUUUUCUUCUUCUUUUUUCUUUCUCUUCCUCUUUUUUCCUUCUUCUUUUUCUUCGUCUUCUUUUUCUUCACGCUCUUCUUCUUCUUCUUCUUCUUCUUCUUCUUCUUCUUGACGUGUCCCUUCUGGUUGUGCAGGUAAUGGUGAUAGUCAGCGAUAUAAGAAAGAUUAAAGAAUUAUUUCGUAAUUGUCACUCUAUAUAUCCAUCUCUAUCUCUCUCUCUCUCUCUCUCUCUGUUUGUCUCUUUCUCUUUCUCUCUCUCUCUUUCUCAUUUCUAUCUGCAAUAUUAUACUUCAAUAUUCACAACUAAAUUAAGUGCAUUGAAAGAUCUAUAA